GUGACGAUGCGCGUCCGCCAAGCACUCGCGUUCGCCGUGUCGGCCCUCCUCGCGUGCGCCCUGCCCGGGCCCGUCGGGGCCCUCCAGUCCCUCCCCCUCGAGUCCCUCCAGGUGAACCUCUCCAGGGUCCUCGUCGACUGCUCCCGGAACCCCAUCAACAAGUCCCUUUUCUACGAGCACAACCGCGUCGGCCGCUGGUUGCAGUGUCACAAUGUGAGUGAAGUGACGUUCCCGAAAACCCCGGACCGGCACCCGGAAAACGCCACCUGGGAUGCGCUCGGGAGCCGAUUAUUCUCGUCUGUGGCGCCGCCAUUUGCACCCCUUUCUAGCUCCAACCAACAGUGCAAACUUCACAGUCAGCAGUUUCUCAAGAGGCUCGCGCAGUUUGACCUAUGGGCGCUCCAAAUGUACGAUGCGUCUGCGAAACUUCCCUCGGGGAUGCUCUCGGGGAACGUGAACCAAUACGGGGACUUCGACGAGUGCCUCAAAGUUGAAUCACCGGACGGCGCGGUGGCCGGACAGUACUGUUUGAGCUACCUCGAGAUCAAGCUCGCGCACAAAGAUGACCCCAAGCUCAACAAACUCCACUCCCUUCUCCACUCGCACUCUUUCUUCAAAAGCGACAUCGAUGAUCCAGGUCACAGGGUACCAAGGUCCUCCUCGAUCAACUGGGGAGUCUGCGCGCCGGCCUCCUGCUCGGCUCAAGACAUCCAGGACGAAAUUUGGCGGAUUCUCGACACAUACCUGAGCGACACGGGAGUCAAAUACAGGGUCAAAGUUGACCCCGAGAUGUGCACGACCCGCCAGCGAAUCAACCAUCUCCCCACCUCCUUCUUCGUCGUCGGUGGCCUCUUCCUUGCUUACAUCGGUAUGUGCAUGUUAGCAGCGUUGUUUGAGCACAUGACACCUCCUAGUUUCCAAAAAAGUACUGCUGCUGAAUAUUUUAUCUCAUUUUCACUGAAAAAGAACUUUAAUAAAUUAUUCAGCACAUCGGUCUCUGCAGAUGAUAUCUCAAGCGUUCACGGGAUUCGAGCUCUCAAUGCUUUGAUGUUGAUUCUCUGUCAUAAAUCUAUGGCCAUGUUUUACAACCCCUACGUCAAUAGAACAGCUAUGUCAGAGUUGAUUGGAAAACCAUGGACUGCCAUCAUCCGUGCUGCUAGUCUGUACACUGACCCUUUUAUCAUGUUAAGUGGUUUGCUUACGUCGUAUGUAUUCUUCAAACAGUUUGAGAAGAACAAGAGCAUCAGCGUACCUAAAGAAAUAUCAUCUAGGCUACUUCGGCUCGUACCAACGCUAGGCGCUCUGAUUCUUUUCUGCACCUUUGUCUUUCCUUUCGUUGCCUCCGGACCGCAGUGGAAUCAAGUUGUCAGUCACCACGCCACGAUUUGCAAAGAUACUUGGUGGAGGAACUUGCUAUUUAUUCACAACUACUUUGGAUUCAAAAAUAUGUGUUUAACACAUACUCAUCACAUUGGGAUCGACACACAACUGUUUUUGACUUCGCCCCUGUUCGUAUGGCUUGUUUGGAAGUGGCCAAAACCAGGAAUGAUCACUCUUUUCGUUUUGGGAGUAUUUUCCACCAUCCUGCGGUUCUACGCAUCUUACAUUCACCAGCUUAGUUUAUUCGUUUACUAUGGCAAUCCAGUCCAUCGUCUAUUCGACACUGCUGAUCUCUCAUACAUUAUUCCAUCCCACCGACUCACAGUUUACUUGAUAGGUAUAGGUCUAGCUUAUUGCCUCAGGAAGUGUGGAAGGGACUUCAAAUUGAAACAGAGUCACCUGUCACUAGGAUGGCUGAUAGCAUUGUGUAUGCUCUACUACUCCUUGGCGAGCCCGUCGAAGAUGGGCGAUCAGAGCUACGUCUACGACAGGUGGGACGCCGCCAACUACGCGGCCUUCGCUCCGAUCACUUGGUGUCUCUACUUCGCCUGGAUCAUCUUCAUUUCGCAUACGGGCAACGGAGGGAUCAUGGGCCGAGCUUUAUCGUGGAAAGGGUUCGUAAUAUGUACAAAGCUCUCUUACAGUGUGUACUUAACCCAAUUUCCUGUUUUCUUCUACAAUGUCGGCACGACGCGGCACGCUGACACGUAUCAAGUCUUUUUACUCAUAAACUUCAAAGAGCUAAUAUCAAUAGCUGUUGCGUCGAUAGCGUUAACAAUACUGUUCGAGAUUCCAUUCCAGAAUAUCAGAAGUAUCAUAUUCAGGGUGCAACCAAAGCCUGCAGUGAAGAGCCAGUGAUCCUCCUCAUGAUGUUCCACUUUCAAGUUUCACGCAAGAAUCGUCGUUCAAACUGAUCGGCACCGCUGAUCCUUUCGAACUGAAUUCAUACCAACGUGGAAAUUGGGGAAAAGUGACUGAAUCUCGCUCUAUCUCCUGGAGAACGUCUCCGUCGUGGUUCAAACUAAAUCAGUUUCAUAACUAGCAGCGGUUCUCAUAAGUUGGUGAUAUCAUAUUUCCAACAUGAAAAGCUGCUCGUAAUUUUUUUUCCACACAAGAGUAGGUGCUUGGUGUUGAGGCUUGGAAUCCUUGCUGCGUUUAAAAAUGUUGAUUUUUGAAUUGAGUCACUUUUCUGGGACGAAAUCCGCAAGAUAAGAUUAUUUUCUUUUUAUAGAAGAAUGCAAAGAUACCUUGAGUGCCGAUUUUGUUUUACAAGAGGUGUGACAUCCUUUCACUUCAAAUGAAACCUGAAAUGAGACUUGUGUUGCACCACUUUUGUAAAAGUGCGUUUUUAUCCGGCGCGAAGAGCCAUUGGUCUCCGUUUUUCUAUCAAAGGCGAUCUAGAAUCAUGUGGAGUUGUGGCAUUCGUUCGAGACGUGUAAUCUAAAGCUAAAAUAGAAUACACGUACCUCUAUUGCAGUGUUUCAACAUUUCCGUUUUUAUUUUUUUAUUUUGAUGACUGACAAAGCAAUUUCACACUUAGAAAUGUACGUAGAAGAUUCUUCGAAGAGAAAAGAAAAAUCACAGAAAUCUUAAAAAAGUCGCGUCAAUCGGUUGUCUGAUAAAAAAUAAAGUAAAACGGAUAAUUUGGAGCUUUGCAAACGAGGAAACGUGGCUUCAAAGUUUUGCUAUUACUAUCUAUCUUCAGCUUAUCUUCCAUUUCAAAAUAUACUUUUAAAGUUAAGGGAGAAAGUAAAUUAUCAAAAUAAAUGAACGUCGAUAGGAAGCCAGUUGUGCCAAAGAAAAAUAUUUUUUAUUUUUUAAAAAACUGGAUUUUUACAAUUUACUACAGGACUAAGAAAACGUUAAACUUUCUCCCCAUUCCACGCUUAAUUUCUAGGUUACUCUCUAGUAAUUUUUGGUAUUUAAAUUAUGGCCAAUGCUUAAAACGAUUAUAAAGUAUUAUGAAGCAGAUCUCAGUCAAUUUCUGGAUUCAAAUUUAGUAGUUUACAUUAAUAUUUUUCUUUUUUUUACAUUAUUUAUUAUAAAUUUUUAUUUAUUUUUAUUUUAUACUCUCUAUGCCCCUUUGGUUGAAUGUCUUUUGACUUAAGGGAUUUCUGGUUCAUGACUUGAUAAAACUAUUUGACAAAUACUCAAUUUGAUUUUGAGGAAAAUGUUAUCAAAAUUUGAUGUAAUAUGGCAUAAUGACACAAUUUUUUACGUAAAAAUUCACGAUUCACCGAUCAUUUCCUGAUAUUCUACAGUUCAUCUCUCUUUUUCUUUUUCUUUUCAACGGGAUAUUUCAUCAUCAGAAAUACCUUGAGCUGGUAGCCCCUUCAUUCAAAACGUCAGUUUAAUAUAGUACUUGUCACGACGAAGCAAUAACAGUCCCAUCGUCCCAGGGACGUAUAAAAACUGCAUUUAACUUGAACAAUUUUUUCCUUAACACUUUAGGCGUUAAAAUUAUUUAUUGUACAUAUUAGAUUCAUAAUUGAUAGAUAUUUAUUGCUAUAAUUUUUGUUAGAUUGUAUAUUCGAUCAGUGUUUGUAUGUGUUUUGUGAAGUGAUAGAAGAAGAAAAAGUAAGAUGCGAACAUAAAUCUUGCGCUUAUUCCAGAGGUUAGGACGUAAUUUGAACUAAAAAAAUCGGGCAAAAUAGGUAUGGAGACAACUUUCCCUCAUCGAUCUAAAUAAUUCAAGUGGGAUUGAAGAGGUUUCUGAAAAAGACCGCAUUAGAAUUUGGGAUGUGCUUGUUUCUUUAAGUGGCAGCAAUUUUUAUUAAAAUUGAUUUCCAUUAUUUCGUGUGAAAGAAAUUUCUUUGCGGCUUUUCUUCAACUUGUGAUACUCAUUUCAAUUAAAAACGAUUGAAUACAAGCAUAAUUUCGAAUCACAGAGAGUGCACGCAACACUAAGUUGUAAUUAAAAUAUACAUCGGCAUGGGGCUAUGAAAAUCACGGUUUAGUUUCAAAGCCUGCCCUCCCUUUUGCCUUAUUCCCGUUUCUUUGCCAACCUACCACUUCCCCUCUCUGUUUCUUGAAUUUCGUAUUCUGUUUGAAACGGUCUUUCAGAAUCACCAAGUUAUCAAAAAUUGUAAGCUGCAAAACAAAACCGACGAAAAUUUCAAAAAUUUCAAUUUUUUUCUUCUUUUUCAUUGAAAGAUACGGAUGUUCGAUCCAGAACUUUAAUUUUAUAAAAACCAAAGAGGAGUUCUAGGACAAUAGAUUUCCAAAUUUCGUGCCUUGUAAUAUGCAAAUGUUUUGUCAAAAAUGUGUUAAAUUCAUUUGCUUCCUUCUCGUACCUAUUGCAGUGCUUCAUCCUAAAUAUUUAUUUACGUCCCCCUGUGUUUUCGUUUUUUACUUGCUUUUCUUCAAAAAUCAAAACCGUGUAAGUGCCUAAUAAAUAGAAUGUUUGUUCAGCCAAAUAUAUUUGUAAACUUUUACGAAUUUGUGAUUCUGAAUAAAAUUCAUUUUUCUAUUAGACGAA